UCACCUCCCAUUUCCGCUCUAGAUGUUCACGUUCCCGCCAUCGUCGGCUGCUCGUGGGGCGCGAGCGCAGAUAACAUCGUAGCCGGCAAAACUCACACACUGACAGCGCGCCACACUGAGCGGAUACCUUCACCCUCCAGCGCUUUCUUCGAGGGAUUUCCCUCCCGCAGAGCCGGGUUUUGAGCGCCUCUCGCCCUCAUGGCCGCCGCAGUGCCCAAGCUGACCAGCGGUGGCGCUGUCCGCAUCCGCAUCAGGUGUGGCGAGCUGGGGACCACCAAAUGGAAAGAGGGGGUCUUUGAAAUCCACGAGAGAGACAACAAAAUAAACCUGCUUGUCAAGUUCAACAGUGGCGGCACUCCGAAGGUGUUUCAGCUGAAUCACAACGUUAAGCAGGUUUCAUGGUAUCAAACGCAUGGCCCAAACCGUGUGACUUUGACUCUGAAAGAUGAUUGUGCGCCCAACUUUGGACUACGGUGGCUGGAACAAACCAAGACCAUCCGCGCUGGCUCAGCCGCAGCCUCCACUACAAGGAGGCACGGAGGCUACUACAAUCACUCAACUCCCUUUAAAAAGGUGCGCCCAACUUUGGACUACGGUGGCUGGAACAAACCAAGACCAUCCACGCUGGCUCAGCUGCAGCCUCCACUACAAGGAUUCUCCAAUCUUGGGAACACCUGUUACAUGAACGCCAUACUCCAGUCACUUUUCAGCCUGCCCUCCUUUUCGAAUGACCUGUUAAAGCAGGGCAUACCAUGGAAGAGGGUCCCCGUCAAUGCGCUUCUGAGGCGCUUUGCUCAUCUGCUGGCUAAGAAAGACAUUUCCCCUCCAGAAGUGAAGAAAGAUCUUUUGCGGCGAGUGAAGAACGCUAUUUCCUCAACAGCUGAGCGUUUCUCUGGUUACAUGCAGAAUGAUGCCCAUGAGUUCCUGAGCCAGUGUCUGGACCAGCUGAAGGAGGAUGUGGAGAAGAUCAACAAAAGCUGGAAGAACGAGCCCUCGGCCUGGGAGGAGCCACAGAGCGCUCGGUUAGCAGAGGAGGUGGACACCUCACGCAUUUACACCUGUCCGGUUACAGUCAACAUGGAGUUUGAAGUGCAGCACACCAUAACAUGUAAAAGCUGUGGAGAGGUGGUGACGAAGCGCGAGCAGUUCAAUGACCUGUCCAUCGACCUGCCGCGCAGGAAAAAAACACUCUCUCUGAGAUCCAUACAGGACUCUCUAGAUCUCUUUUUCAGGAUGGAGGAGAUUGAGUAUUCCUGUGAAAAAUGCAGUGGAAAAGCAGCAACCGUCUCUCACAAAUUUAGCAGGCUUCCCAGAGUGCUGAUUCUACACCUUAAACGCUACAGCUAUAACAGUCAGCUGUCUUUGAACAGCAAGCUGGGCCAACAAGUCCUGAUCCCCAAAUAUCUCACGUUGCUCUCACACUGCACAGACGCCACACGCCCCCCUCUCAGCCUCAGCUGGAGCGCACAGACCGCCAUCUCCAGGACGCUGAAGAUGUCACAGUCGGUCAACUCUUCAACACUACGGAAAGGUUCUCAAAAGCCAGAGAGCUCGGGCAGCAUGUUGUGUGACUCGGAUAGUGAGGAGGAGCUCGUCAGAAAAGUUGGUCGCAAACAUCAUUCAGAAGAUGACAGGACGGAAGAGCACAAUGCACAGGUCGAGCACUCAGAGUUUAAUGCAAUCAACGAUGAUGAGAUGCUAGCAGCUGUGCUGGAGAUGAGUCGGCACGACACUAGUUUGUCUGGAUGCCCUGAUGACGAGCCAACCAGCAGCCCAGACACAGGGUUUGGAGAUGCAGACGGGCAGGACCUGACUCAUCAUUUAGAGCUUCUAGAUGGAGAGAAACAGCCUGCAGAUGCCCUGGAGUCUCUAGAUCUGACCAUGGAUGAGAAUAAGGAGAACCAGACGCCUGAAGGUGUGCAGGGUGAGCUGGACUGGGUGCAGCAGUACAGUUUAGAUCAGGAGCGAGAGGAACAGGAGCUGCAGCAGGCCCUCGCACAGAGCCUACAGGAACAUGAGGCGAGAGAGAUGAGGGAAGAUGACGAUCUGAAGAGAGCCACUGAGCUCAGCCUGCAAGAGUUUAAUAACUCUUUGCCAGAGCUGCUGUGCUCUGAUGACGACUCUGGGAAUGAGGAUGGCCUGGAUAUGGAGUACAGUGAGGCUGAAGUUGAAGAGCUCAAGAAGAACGCUGAGACUGGAGAGCUUCCGAACUCCUUCAGACUCAUCAGUGUGGUCAGUCACAUCGGCAGCAGUUCAUCAUCAGGGCAUUACAUUAGUGAUGUUUAUGACAUGAGGAAACAGUCCUGGCUCACAUACAAUGAUCUGGACGUCUCCCGCACACAGGAGUCCACAGUUCAGAGAGAUCGUGACCGGAGCGGAUACAUCUUUUUCUACAUGCACAAAGAUGUGUUUGAGGAGCUGUCUGAGCUGGAGAAGGCAGGAGGGAACAGUGAUGCCGGUCGCACAGUGCUGCAGCCGCUAUAAAUGCUCUCGCACGCUUCUAACAUCCCAUCCGGGUGGAUCCUUCUGCUGAUGAACAGCUGAGCCAGGGGUAAACGCAACACCCUUCAUCAGUACUGCUGAAGACCGUCCACACACACAUGCACCUACUUUGGGCACUUUUCCUUUUCUAUUUCUUUCACUUUUCCCAUUGCUCCCUGUGAAAUACUGUUGCCGUGUCAAAUGUAGACUUGCAGUUAGAUGGGUAAAUGUUCUAGAAACUCUUAGGUACAAAUGUUUAUGGGGAAACGCAAAGAAAAUAAAUAUAGAAAGCAUUUUGAGUUGAAGUUGCUCUUAUUAUAAUUUUUUUCUUCUUUCUUUUGUUUCAAUAUUUUGUUUGCCUUGAUGAAAAGACACUCUGGUAAACUUGUGCAUUAAGAAAUAUUUUUUUUCCCCUUUCCCCUCUGCAAAUUUUAGAUUUCCUUUUCAAUCUAUUGCAUAUAAAAAUGUAUUCUUGUAUAUGUUUGGGUGGAAUAGGGAAUAAGGGCUGUCUGUCUUGUUUGAUAUGCAGCUGAAAAUGUGGUGCAAUAUUUGCUUUUGCCAGUCGGCUUUUAUAUGACCUAUAGCGAUGAAGAGAGACUUGGAAUAGUACUGAUUUAUAUUCAAGUCUUUACUGAUGACUGUUGGUUGUUUUAUUCUUAUUUUAUAAACGUUAAUCUAACGAGCUCAGUGGUAUUGAUGUAGCUUGUCUUU